GGAGGGAAGAAGGCCAGGCCACAUCUGUCGAAGGAAGACUGCGCUGGACUGGACGGGAGGAGGUGAAACGGGAGCCGAGCUGCGGGGAGCCAGAGGGUCAGAGCAGGAGGUGACAGAGAGACACACGCAUCCUUCCGACGGGAGGAGCUGGAUCCCGCCACGCCGGGCUCUGAAGGGGGCUUCCGGCCCAGCCCCGGGGUCUCCGGCCUCGGACCCACCAGGACCGGAGAGUCGGGGAGUCGAGCGGGCGAUCGGCCCGUGGGGACGGACGCCCCGACUCCCGCGCCCCGGCCUCCUCGCCUUUGGCUUCCUUCGCCACCUCCCCCGGCCGGGUUCCCGGGAUGGAGGAAGGACCGGAUUUCGACAGCUACUACGGGGGAGAAAACCAGACGGCCGAUUGCGAGUACGCCGAGUGGAAGUCCUCGGUGGCCCUGAUCCCCGCCAUCUACGUCUCGGUCUUCCUCCUGGGCACGACGGGCAACGGGCUGGUGCUGUGGACCGUCUUCCGGGGCCGGGAGAAGCGCCGCUCGGCGGACACCUUCAUCGCCAGCCUGGCCGUGGCCGACCUGACCUUCGUGGUCACCCUCCCGCUGUGGGCCACCUACGCCUACCUGGACUACAACUGGCCCUUCGGCACCUUCGCCUGUAAGCUCAGCAGCUACCUGAUCUUCGUCAACAUGUACGCCAGCGUCUUCUGCCUCACGGGCCUCAGCUUCGACCGCUACCUGGCCAUCGUGCGGCCGCUGGCCAACGCCAGGCUGAGGCUCCGGGCCAGCGGGACGGUGGCCACCGUGGGCCUGUGGGCGCUGGCCGCCCUCCUGGCCUUGCCGGCCAUGGUCUUCCGCUGGACGGGCGACCUGGAGAACAACACCAAGGUGCUGUGCUACAUGGACUAUUCCAUGGUGGCGGCCUCGGGGGCCGAAGGCGCCUGGGAGGUGGGCCUGGGGGUCUCCUCCACCGCGGUGGGCUUCGUGGUCCCUUUCGCCGUGAUGCUCACCUGCUACUUCUUCAUCGCCCGCACCAUCGCCGGCCACUUCCGGAAGGAGCGCAGCGAGGGGCUGAGGAAGCGCCGGCGCCUGCUCAGCAUCAUCGUGGUGUUGGUGGUGACCUUUGCCCUUUGCUGGCUACCCUACCACCUGGUGAAGACGCUCUACAUGCUGGGCAGUCUCCUCCACUGGUCCUGUGACUUUGACCUCUUCCUCAUGAACGUCUACCCCUACUGCACCUGCAUCAGCUACGUCAACAGCUGCCUCAACCCCUUCCUCUACGCCUUCUUCGACCCCCGUUUCCGGGAGGCCUGCGCCGCCAUGUUCUGCUGUUAUGGCCACAGCGGGUGCCGGCGGGCCCCUCCGGGUGCCGGGGAGAAAUCCGCCAGCUAUUCCUCGGGGCCCAGCCAGAACCUGGGAAAGGGCGGGGAGCAGCCCCAGGAGAAACCCAUCCCCUACAGCCAGGAGACCCUCGUCUCUGAACAGCCCUAGGGGGAAAGGCCGCCCCAACCUUUGCCCUCUCACCUUUACCCCCUGCAAACCAGGUAGAGUCAAUGCUCCGCCCGCUUCUCCCUGUCCUUCCUCUUCUCUCUCUCUCCCUCCCGCCCCCUCUGCCUUUUCUCCUUCUCCAUCACUAGUUCUCUCCAUCUUCCCCUCGUCCCCUUUCAGCCGCCCAAACUCUUUUAUUCCUUCGCCCCUCAAUUCCCGCACUUUCCCCCGCCCCCUCCUUCUCUCGCUCCCUUUCUAUCUCUAUCUUCCAACCCUCCUUGCUUGUCCUUUCACAUCCUCUCGCUGUUUGGAGCAGGGUUGGGUGGUGGGGUGCUGAUGGGGUCUCUCUCCCUCGGGGAUCUUCAAUCCGCAUCCGAGAGGAGAGACUGAGUCGCGUGGAGGGAAGAAGUCAGGUCCCGGGGCCAGGGGCUCAGGGUCCCAGGUGUCCUGUGAAGGAAAAGGUCUUACUCUCCCCUGGGAGUGGCAAACGGAGGAGCUGAACAGACAGUUGGAACCGUUUCCCCCCUUUGACACUCUGCUUCUGCCCUCCCCCUCUGCUGCAAGAGAGCACUUUCUCUCUGACCCUCGACCCCGUGGGGCCAGGCUGGAUUGGGAAGAGAGGUGAGCGGUUACUGAUACUAGGGAGAUCUCAUUCUGUGAGCCGCCUAGGAGGUCCGAAGUAGCAGGGGAUGGGGAGGAAGGAAGGAUGGGAGACUGAUCAGGUGUCUGAGUGAAAAGUUUUAUACCUCUUCCUCCUUCCUCUGGUCAAGUUGUAGAACACUGCCGGAGCAAACUCCCACUUGCCAAGCCCGGGGCUGGUUUCCUAUGAGGGCAUUUGGCUGGGAAGGUGGGAGGGAGGAUGUGUGUGUUGGGUGUGUGUGAGAGAGAGAUAUAUUCUUUGCUUCUUUCUUACCCCCAUCCCCACCCCACGCUUCCGUUCCCUUGAUGAGUCAGGAAGAACCGGGGUGAGGCGGCAACGCGGAAUUCAAGGGCUCUAGCGGCUGGCUCAUCCGUUGAUGGGAAAAGUCCGAGGGUCACGCUGACACCCUAACCCUACCCCCACCGGACCCCUCCACCCCCAAGCUGAGCCUACUGUACCCUCCCAAGGAGAACCGGUGGGAGCUUGGGGAUGGAAGUGUGCAUUUCAGCAGACCCUCGUCGCCUUCCCUCAGACAAGAAGAAUGGGGUCCCACGCCCAACUUCUGCCUUGGUCUGUGCUUUCCCUGCCCCGCGAUCCUUCCCCCGACAUGUUUCUUUCCGGCUUGUUACCAUCCCACUCCCUUUUCCCUAUCCCGGCGGGAACAUGCAGGCCCCUCAGGAGCUCGGGCCCCGGUGGACUCUCUGAUCCCUUCUUGGAGUCGGUGGAGUGGGAAAGACGAGGGAGCGAGAAGGGGCCUCUGUAGCCCAGCAGCGGCCGUGUGAUUUGCUUUUCUCCAGAGCCCGCGAUGGAACUCCAGAAGUGGGCCUAAGGUGGGAGGGGAGGUAGGAAGGGAGCUGGCUCUCACAGGGCAGGAAGGCAUGGAUUUUCUUUGGCCAAGGUUCCUGGACCGAAGCCAGUCCACCCUGGGCUUCAUCAAUCGACUUUGGAGGGCCAUCACCGGGCUGAAACCUAGCAUCUUUCACUGAAGGGGAGGGCCAGGCCUCUUCCCAGCUGAAGGGAUGGGGCAUCACGAGUACGGUCUCCAUCGUUUUCUGACCCUUUGGUCAUUGUAAUUCAUAAAUAAAAUGGUUUUGAAGAAA